GCCGGAGGAGCGCAUCGGUGGCAUCCCCCCACCGCCGAGUGAGCGAGCAAUCCGGUGUUACGGUGUGUGUGCGCGUGUGUGUGUGUGCGUGUGUAAACGGGCCGGCCCGUUGAAUGUGGGUUACUGGGCCCAGCAGCUUGCCGAGCCGCGCUGUUGGCGUUUCCCCGAGACUUUCGCCGGUGCGGAUGGAUGGUGGUGCCCGUGCGUGUCGGCUUCCGGCGAUCACGCCGCGAUCGCCGCCGUGGUCCCGUCUCGGCCCGAAGAAGCCCGCUACCGUCGCCGCCACUCUCCACCCUUGACCUUUGCCGACGACGAGCCUCAGCAAAAGCAGCGGGAGCCCUCAAAAGGUCCUAGAUGGCGUCCUCUGGGCUGGUGAAGCAGGAGGAGGAGCCGUACGAGCUGACCAUGUACUCGUCCUCGUCCUCCCUGUCACCGGGCGACGCGGCGCCCCGCAAGCUGCAGUGCCACUCGCCCAGCCUGUCGCCGCCGCUCAGCCCCCGAGAGUUCUCCUGCUCCUCCACCACCAGCAUCAAGCACCAGGCGCCACCCUCCCCGCCGGUCACGGGCCAUGGCUCCACAGGCGGCGGCCACUCAACGCGGGGCUCGUCGGGGCACCACCACAACAACAGCAACCACCACAGUGGUGGCGGCGGAGGCGGAGGCAACUCGCCGCGGCGGUUGUGCCUCGUGUGCGGGGAUGUGGCAUCGGGCUAUCACUAUGGGGUGGCUUCGUGCGAGGCCUGCAAGGCGUUCUUCAAGCGGACCAUCCAGGGCAACAUCGAAUACACGUGUCCCGCGUCGAGUGACUGCGAGAUCAACAAGCGGCGGCGCAAGGCGUGCCAGGCCUGCCGGUUUCAGAAGUGCCUCAAAAUGGGCAUGCUCAAGGAAGGGGUCCGGUUAGACAGGGUUCGUGGCGGCCGCCAGAAGUACCGGCGAAGCACGGAUGGCCCCUACCACGUCCAGGCACUCACCCCCAAGAAGGUCUCCCUCGAAGACAAUGUGAUAAUCUCGGCGCUGGUGCACUGUGAGCCGGAGCCGCUGCUGGCGAUGACCAAUGGGUCGUCGUCACCCUCGCUGGACAGUCACUACACGACGGUCAGCGUGCUGAGUGAACUCGUGGACCGGGAACUCGUGGCCACCAUCAGCUGGGCCAAGCAAAUACCCGGCUUCACCGACCUGACGCUCAAUGACCAGAUGCGCCUUUUACAAACCACCUGGGCCGAGAUCCUCUCCCUGGCAUUGGCUUACAGGUCGUGCCACCUGAGCCCGCCAGUGAGGCUAAUGUUUGCCUCGGACCUGAUUAUAGACGAGCGGCAAGCGUCUGAGUGCCGUGCCGAGGAGCUCUUCCUGCACACUGCUCACCUGGUGAAGCGGCUCGAGGCUCUCUCCAUUUCACGAGAGGAGUUUCUUGCCCUCAAGGCCCUGCUACUCACCAAUGCAGACAUCCACCUCGAAGACGCGUCCUCGGUGCACAAGCUGCGCGACGCCGUCCUCCAAGGCCUGCACGACUGCGUGGCCGCGCAGCGCAGUUCUUCCACAGCCUCCUCAUCCUCAUCAGGGUCGGCGUCCUCGCCCACCUCAACACCCGUCUCGACGACGACGACAACCACGGCCAACGGCAACGGUGCGGCCGUGCAGCAACUCGCCUCUGCGACGGCGAUAGCCUCUCACUCGAGUCAGCUGCUCAUGUGCCUGCCCUUGUUAAGGCAGCUGGACACAGUGGUGCGCCGCUUCUGGAAUGGUGUGCGCAGGGACGGCACAGUGCCCAUGAACAAGCUGUUUGUCGAGAUGCUCGAGUCCCACACGCUCAUGCGGUGAGCGUGGUGAGAGCUGUUUUGGCGUCUGGUGGGGGCUGGUGUCCGUGUUUCUCGGUGAUGCACUUGUGCACCGUCAUUUCCUUAGUUCCGUACAGUGUUGCAGAGGCUAACCCUCUUCGCUGCCCUCCUCUGGCGAGGAGCUGUUGGGAGCUGGUGGGUAGAGGCCCAUCCCGUCUGUGCACGCUGCCUCUCUAGUUCCGUG